AUGUAUGUUGUUGCUCCCGCAACACUUGAGGACGACACACCAGACAUCUCUAUCAUUCAUAUUGAUUGUAUUUUCUGUGCAGUGCAUCUUAUUCCAGUAUAUGGCUCAAACUUUUUGCCUCGCACAAUCACUUCAGACGACUCUUACGAUGUCUUCCAAUCUUAUUUCAUCAACAAGUAUGAUCACCAUGCAUUUGAGAUUGUGUAA